AUGUCAGGUAUCUGGGGCUGGUUUGGCGGUGGCGCCGCGCAAAAGCGGAAAGAUACACCCAAGAAUGUCAUCCUCGACUUGCGGACGCAACUCGAGAUGUUGCAGAAGCGCGAGGCCCAUCUCACACGCCAGAUCGAAGAACAGGAACAGAUCGCGCGGAAGAAUGUCAACACAAACAAGACCACUGCGAAGGCGGCACUACGACGCAAGAAGAUCCACGAACACAAUCUCGAGCAGACACUGAACCACAUCGGGACCAUCGAACAGCAGGUGAACGCGAUCGAGUCAGCAAAUAUCAACCAAGAGACCUUCACGGCUAUGCGACGGGCAGGCGACGCGAUGAAGACCAUACAUGGCAACCUUACCCCGACCAAGGUUGACGAGACGAUGGAUAAAUUACAGGAGUACAACCGGCUUAACGAAGAGAUCGCAGAGGCAAUGGGUAGCGUCAGCGUGGGCCCACAACUUGAUGACACAGAGCUGGAAGACGAGCUUGAGGCACUCCAGCAGCAGGAUCUCGAAGACAAAAUGCUGGAGACCGGCGCGGUCCCUGUGGACUCCAUCCAGCGGCUGCCAACUGUGGCGAACGGGGAGAUCAAGGGCAAGGCACCCAUGGUUGCCGAGGACGACGAGGAAGCGGAGCUCAGGAGGCUGCAAGCCGAGAUGGCUAUGUAA